UCACUUGUUCGUUUCGCUCUUUGGUAGUGCAGUGAGAGCUCAGCUUUUCCUUUUUCAAUUCCUUGGCUUCGCGUCCGAAGCAAAGCUCGAAUCUUUGCCUGGAACUCGUAAUGUUGCCAAUGGUUGAUUGUUCUGAAAUGUUGCAAGAAAUCCACGUUCCCUGAUCUUACGGUUUCUUUCUCACGAAAGCUAUUUGCGAAAUCGAGUAGAGUGAGAUACUAAGAUGAUGCACACCAAGUCGGAGUCCGAUGUUACGAGCUUAGCCCCGUCCUCCCCGCCUCGGUCGCCGAAGAGGCAGACCUACUACGUCCAGAGUCCGUCGCGGGAUUCUCACGAUGGCGACAAGUCGUCGUCGAUGCAGGCGACCCCUGUUUUUAAUAGCCCGAUGGAGUCGCCGUCGCACCCUUCGUUUGGGCGCCAUUCGCGGACCUCUUCGGCUAGCCGAUUUUCCGGGCCCUUCCGGUCCUCCUCGGGCCGGAAAGGCGACAGGAAGAGAGUAAACGACAAGGGGUGGCCUGAGUGCAAUGUGAUCCAGGAAGAAGGAUCCUAUGCGGACCUCGAUGACGAGAAGGGGUUAACGCGCCGCUGUCAGAUUAUUCUGGGUCUUGUAAGCUUCAUCCUCUUGUUUACCCUCUUCUCUCUUAUCAUUUGGGGAGCAGCUCGGCCGUAUAAACCAGAAGUUGUUGUCAAGAGCUUGUCAAUGGAUGACUUUUAUGCCGGAGAGGGUACCGACAUGACUGGUGUUCCAACUAAGAUGGUCACUGUCAAUUGUUCAGUGAAGAUCAGUGUGUACAAUACUGCUACAAUGUUUGGCAUCCAUGUCACUUCUGACCCAAUCCGUCUCAAAUUUUCAGAAAUCACAAUUGCUACUGGCGAGUUGCAGAAAUAUUACCAGCCUAGAAAGAGUCACAGGACAAUAUCAGUUGUCUUGCAUGGAGAAAAGGUCCCAUUGUAUGGUGCAGGAGCAGGCAUGGCUUUAACCAGCACCGGUGGAGCUGUCCCCUUAACUCUGGACUUUGAUGUCGUCUCACGGGGUUAUGUGAUUGGGAAGCUGGUGAGGGUGAAGCACCAUAAGCACAUUUCGUGUCCACUUGUUGUUGAUUCGAGCAAAAGCAAACCUAUAAGGUUUUCCCGGAAUGCCUGCACCUAUUUGUGAGCCGUGUCGCCGAUAUGGCAGCACAAAUUCUGUUGUCAAAAUGAGACCAAAUGAAUUUGACCAAAACGAAAUGAGAGGAAAAGAAGGUUUUUCACUAAUGCCAACCAAUGUUCUGGUAAUUAAUUUGGCUAUCCUAAAGAACAGUAUUGAUUUCUUAGAGUAUGCUUGAUGCUUUUUGUCAGCAGUCCCCCUUGGUUGUUUAAUGAUUGUAACAAUAUUUUUAAAGUUGAGAAUAAGUUCCUUUUGUUUGGAAA